UGUCCCAAUCGAAUGUUCAACUGCACCGACCAUACAGCUCAUUGAGCUGCUGCUGCUGCUACUGCAGCUGCUCAUUGCCAACCACAGAUAGGUGCCUCCUAUAUGUGUGUAGUUUACUCCUUCGCGCAGAAGGAACUUCUUCAACGGCAUCACCAUCUACUACGGCUGUAGGCUGCUCAACAUGCACCAUCGCCAGCAACGUGCUUCUUCCCUUGGUUUCGUGCUCGCAUCGCCAUCAGCCCCUAUCCCACUGCGAAGAAGCACGAAUAGGAUCGGUUGCGCCACAGCUGCGACGGGGACGCGGUGCUGGCAGGGAUCGAGCUCUCUGCAGGGUUCUCGUCUGUUAGACUCGGAUGGUCACGUCGCCGCCUCUGUUGAUUUUGCAAGGGCGCAGAAACGACGUCGCCGUCCGAGGGAGAGCAGCGCCGGAGGCACGUGGCGGCAGUGGCGCGGGGGAGGAAAGGGUGCAGACGGGAAGGCGGGUGCGCCAGCACCAGCACGUGGUAAGGCCGGAGGCAAGGUGGUGAGCUUCAACGGGUCUCCGCCGCCCGAGGAGGAGGAAGCGGCCCGCAGAUUGUUGGAGAGAGACAUCAAGGCCAGGGGGAGACGCCGGGAUUGGCGGGGCGCCCUCCACGCUUUGCGGUCGGCGGAGGGGCCGGCUUGCGCACGAUGCCACACCGCGGCUGUGGAGGCUAUGGCCACGUCGGGGCGAUGGAAGGAAGCGUUGGCGCUCCUAAGGGACAUGCCGAGGCAGGGGGUGCGGCCGGAUAUUCACACGUACAGCGCUGCGAUGAGGGCCUGUAGGGCAGCAGGUCGGACGGAAGAAGCCCUCUCUCUCCUAGAGACUAUGCGGCGAUCUGCGAGAGGGGAGCGGGGAAGAGGGGGCGACGCCGAAUGGGGGGAAGAGGCGAAGUUGGCGUCGUUAAGGCCGGAUGCGUUUUGCUUCAACAUUUGCAUCGACGCGUGCGCUAAGGGACGCCUCCACGAGAAAGCGAAAGCAUUGCUUGGGGUCAUGCGUUCGGAUGGUGUAGCGCCGGACGUCGUCAGCUUCAACAGCGUGAUCAACGCCUUGGGUAUGGCGGGUCUCUGGAAGGAAGCCCUGGGCGUGAUGGAAGAGAUGGUGAUGGACGGAGGGGUGACGCCGAAUUCUGUAACGUACGCCUCUGCCAUAAACGCCUGCGGGAACUCCCGGCAGCUGGACCGGGCACUCGGCCUGCUUAGAGAAGCUCGACUAGCGGGGAUUGAGGUGGGUGCGUCGGCGUACAACGCUGCGAUCGCGGCUUGCGGCCACGCGGGGUCUGCCGACGAAGCCCUGCCGCUGCUGAAGGAGAUGGAGGAGAGGAGGGUGCCCCGAACCGUGAUAACUUACAGCUCCUUGAUAGACGUGUGCGGCAAGGGCGGGCUACCGGACGAGGCUCUCAACCUCUUCCAGAAAAUGAUAUCGGAGGGAAUCCUGCCGAACGCCAUCACGUACAACGCGCUCAUUCACGCCUCCGCGGGCGGCGGAUUAAAACCCGGGGACGGAACUGUUUCGUCCCCUGUUUACGAAGGACGCAGUGGAAUAAGGGCUUCGGGCGGUGGCGAAGCGGAUCCAGGGGACGAGGGGGGGGUGGUGCUGGGUGCGGAGCCCCCGGGAGGCAAGGGGUUGGGGGGGGUAAGACGCUGGGAGCGCGUGAUGCCGCUGAUUGAGGAAAUGCAGAAGGCCGGGUACCAGCCCGACCUGCUCAGCUUCAACCUCGCCCUGUCUGCGUGUGCGAGAAGGGGAGACGCAAGUAGGACGCUUCGUCUGCUGGGGGACAUGAGACGGGCGGGCCUUCUGCCCACCACGUACAGCUUCAGCUCGGCAGUGAAGUCAUGCGAGAGGGCCGGGAAAGCGGACGAGGUGCUGGCCCUCCUGGGCCGGAUGAAGUCAGGGGGCGUGCGCCGCACCCUCGUCACCUUCAACUCCGCACUCCUCGCCUGCGCUAAGGACGGUAGGCGAGAAGACUCCCUCCGCAUCCUGUCGGAGAUGAAGAACGAAGGCGUUUCCCCUGAUGGGAAGACUUUCCGCCUCGUCAUGCAGGCUUGCGGGCGUGCCGGAGACCCGGCCGGUGCUCUGGUGAUUCUGCGGGGCAUGGCAAAGGCGGGGAUACCGCCGGGGGAUCGCUCUUUCGCGUCGGCAAUGGAGGCGUUUGCUUUGGCUGGGGACGUCGACACCGUGCUCUCCCUCAUGAAGGAAGCGCGGGCUGCAUCCCUUAGCGGGGGCGGAAAGCCGUACUGGUCGUGCACCCUGACCGGUGCGAAGGCAUGCGCGGCUGCCGGGAGGUCGGCGGACGCCGUUGGUCUGUUGCGGGAGCUUCCCCCGGAUAGCGAUGACGACCUAUGUCCGGACCGGAGGUCUCACCCGGUGGCGGUGGUUCUUGAGGCGGAGAGCGAGACGCCCGCUCGGCAAGGGUACCAGCAGCAGCAGCAGCAACAACAACAGCAGCAGCGACCCCUCCUUGGUGCUGAUCACGCCCCAGAGGCCGCCUCCGCCGCCGCCGCCAACAUCACCAGCAGCACCGCCUUCUUCACAACCGUGGGGAGACGGGAACGCGCGUGGAGCGAGACCCUGUGGUCGGCCGCCGCCAACGGGCAGGCGUCAGCGAUGCUCGAGCUGCUGGUGUCGAUACGGGAGGAGGAGGAAGGGCUCCUUAAGCUCACGGGGGCACACUACGUCUACAACAAGGCCCUGCGGCUGCUAGCUGAUUCGUUCAGGACUGCGGGGCCGCCAGGCAGAAGCACAGGGAGCGCACGCAAUUAACUCAGCAGAUAUUAUAUUGAUGAAGCCUUCAAAUACCUUUUAGCAUCAUUUGUAAGCUCGGUUGAGAAGAGAAACCCUACUCAUCACCUGUGUAGCGGCCAUCCGUAGUAUGGCGUUAGGAAGUAAGAACCCCAAGUCUUGAACAAAGCUAGAGGUGUUCUCAAGUGCGGGCGUUUUUUGUAGUCCAACAGCGGGCUGUGUCCUUUGUUGGCAACCAAAUCAUGAUGCGUACCCGCAACGCCUCGUGUUUGCUGGGCGAUGUGAAUUUAUUGGCCGUUUCAUUCAAGCAUACGUACGGUUCACCGCGCCUUCUCUCCCUAGUGUGCACGGCAGCGUUCUGAAGCCAAUGGCGUGAGUGAGAGGCUGUUUUAUAGGUGGAGCGAAUGUUCGGGCUUAGAGCGUAGAUUUUUUUUUUUUUUACUUUUGUACUGCUGUGGCUGUGGUUGUUGAUGAUUGUGUUGGCUUCGGUUAGAGCUCGUCCUUGCUGGGAGCGGUCGUUGGGCAGACGAGCGCACGUGCUACAUUCAUCGCAGGUUAUUGCAAAAAAUAUGCAUUGUAUGAAUCUGAACAAAACACAGACAAAGUAGGCGUUUUUCUUGCAGUCGUGUUGACGGUGCAGUCGAUAGAGGUGGCCCACGAAUCUCGUAGUUUUUUCGAUUAAUGUUUGACCUCCGGGAAGAACAGUGACUUUUUUUUUUAUCUAGAGCAAGCAGCAGGCACGAAGAGCACCGUUAGCUAACGGCCGUUGGAGAGGGACUGCGAUCUUUGGAUCGGAGAAAUGGCUUAGUUAGAAAUGAAUCCUUGGUGUCGGCGAAGGUCGAGGGCUACUACUACUUCUGCGGUAGUUGAAGAGAUGAGGAGAUGCCGUGGCGAGAAGGCAACAGUAUGUAGUGGCUUUUGGGUUGCGUAAUACUCGAGUGGUUGACAACAGGCAACAGUGAAUGAAGGGAACGACAAUGUACAUCAGUGUCCGUCGCGGAAAUUCUCACAAUAUGUACAGAACGCGCCCGCACUUACCUCUUGGUGUCGGACAUGGCUGAGGUUCUUACUGUGUUCCUGUGGUCAUCCUACGAAAUGCCACUAUUUAUAAUAUACCAGGUUUUUGUG